AUGUCGUUAUCUAACAAAUUGUCAGUCACCGAUUUGGACUUUGCUGGAAAGAGAGUCUUCAUCAGAGUUGACUUCAACGUCCCAUUGGAUGGAGAGAAGAUCACCAACAACCAGAGAAUUGUUGCUGCUUUGCCAACCAUCAAGUACGUUCUUGAGAGAAAGCCAAAGGCUGUUAUUCUCGCUUCCCACUUGGGCAGACCAAACGGAGAGAGAGUUCCAAAGCUUUCUUUGAAGCCAGUUGCUGCUGAAUUGGAGAAGCUUCUUAACAAGAAGGUUCUUUUCCUCAACGACUGUGUCGGACCAGAGGUUGAGAAGGCCGUUAACGGUGCCCCAGCUGGAUCCCUUGUUCUUUUGGAGAACUUGAGAUUCCACAUCGAGGAAACUGGUUCUAAGAAGACCGCCGACGGUAAGGUUAAGGCCACCGCCGAGCAGGUUGAGAAGUUCAGAGACCAAUUGACCGCUCUUGCUGACGUUUACGUCAACGAUGCCUUCGGUACUGCUCACAGAGCUCAUUCUUCCAUGGUCGGAAUCAAGUUGCCACAGAGAGCUGCCGGUUUCUUGAUGAGAAAGGAAUUGACAUACUUCGCCAAGGCUUUGGAGAACCCAGACAGGCCAUUCUUGGCUAUCUUGGGUGGUGCCAAGGUUUCCGACAAGAUUCAGUUGAUCGACAACUUGUUGGACAAGGUCAACCGUUUGAUCAUUGGUGGUGGUAUGGCUUACACUUUCGUUAAGAUUAUUAACGAUGCCAAGAUCGGAAAGUCUUUGUUCGACCCAGAGGGAGCUAAGUUGGUUCCAAAGUUGGUUGAGAAGGCUAAGAAGAACGGUGUUAAGAUCUACCUCCCAGUCGAUUUCGUCACUGCCGACAGCUUCUCCCCAGAUGCCAAGACCGGUUACGCUACAUUGGCUGAGGGUGUCCCAGAAGGAUGGCAGGGAUUGGAUAUCGGUGAAAAGACUAUUGAGGAAUUCUCCAAGGUCAUCGCCGAGUCCAAGACUAUCGUCUGGAAUGGACCUCCAGGUGUCUUCGAGUUUGAGAAGUUCGCCACUGGUACCAAGGCUCUUUUGAACGCAGCUGUUAAGGCUUGCCAGGCUGGCUCCACUGUCAUUGUUGGUGGUGGUGACACUGCUACUGUUACCAAGAAGUUCGGUGGUGCUGACAAGUUGUCUCACGUCUCUACUGGUGGUGGUGCUUCCUUGGAAUUGUUGGAGGGAAAGAAGUUGCCAGGUGUUGUUUUCCUUUCUGACAAGAACUAA